GGCACGUGUCUCGUCCCCUGGCCACUCUGCGUCGCCUGCUGCCGGCCAUGGACGCUUUGGACCGAGUCGUGAAACCAAAAACAAAAAGAGCCAAAAGAUUUCUUGAGAAGAGAGAACCAAAGCUCAAUGAAAAUAUUAAAAAUGCCAUGCUGAUUAAAGGAGGAAAUGCAAGUUUAACAGUGACCCAAGUACUUAGAGAUAUGUAUGCUCUGAAAAAGCCAUAUGGUGUUUUGUAAAAAAAAAAUAUUACAAGACCAUUUGAAGAUCAGACAUCACUGGAAUUCUUUUCAAAGAAGUCAGAUUGUUCUUUAUUUAUGUUUGGUUCCCACAAUAAGAAGCGACCAAAUAACCUGGUAAUAGGUCGUAUGUAUGACUACCAUGUGCUGGAUAUGAUCGAAUUAGGAAUUGAGAAGUUUUCCUCUUUAAAUGAUAUUAAGAAUAGUAAAUGUCCUGAAGGAACAAAGCCCAUGUUAAUAUUUGCUGGUGAUGGUUUCGAUGUAACAGAAGACUACCGAAGGUUAAAAAAUCUGCUUACUGAUUUCUUCAGAGGCCCCACUGUUUCAAAUAUCCGGCUGGCUGGUUUAGAGUAUGUUCUGCACUUCACUGCACUGAAUGGAAAGAUUUACUUUCGAAGCUAUAAGUUGCUGUUGAAGAAAUCCGGAUGCAAAACACCACGAAUUGAACUAGAAGAGAUGGGACCCUCAUUAGAUUUAGUUCUGAGGAGGACACAUUUGGCUUCAGAUGACCUUUAUAAAUUAGCUAUGAAAGUACCCAAAGCCCUCAAGCCAAAGAAGAAGAAAAAUAUCUCUCAUGAUACUUUUGGUACAACUUACGGAAGGAUUCACAUGCAGAAACAAGACCUAAGCAAACUACAAACCAGGAAAAUGAAAGGGUUGAAGAAGCGACCUGCAGAAAAGAUAACAGAAGACCUGGAGAAUAAGUCAAAGCAAAUUAAACAGAACUGAUGGAACUUAACCAAUAGCUGCCUUUUUUAUUAUACUCUGGUUAUUUAACAGAAUUAUCACACAUCAGUCAUUUCAGAAUUUCUUACACAAACAUUUUCUAAUUUGUAUAAACUAUAAAUAGCAUUAUAAUACCCAGUUGAAAGUAAAUUUCUGAGAUAUUAAAAAAAAA